GUUUCAGUUUGAAAAUCUCCCUUUUAAAAAGGCAAAUAUGAAUCUGGUCACAUCUUAGAGACGGGAAUGUUCUGCAUGGAUCGAUGGACGUUCUUAGAAUCGAUAUGCUGACAUUUCACAGUUUCUAGGUGACAGAGAGACAGUGAAACGCUGUGGGGGGCAAGGAAAGCGGUUGCGGGAGCCUGCAUGUAAACAAAGAUGGAUUGGCUGUGACAGUGUGCCUUAGGUGGGGAGAUCGGUAUUAUGAAGACUUCCUACAGAGCUGGCCUCCACAGGGAACCACUGAAUUCCACAUCUUCUACAUUCCAUCAAGUCAAACGGGCUUCUGGCAUGCACUUAAAGCCAUACCUCAAAUUACAGAAGAAAGAGCGAUCUCUAGAUAUAAGCCAAGAUUCCCUGAGAGGCCUGCAUAUGAACCAUCAAAGGUCAGCACAGGAGGAAAAGUAUACAAACAACUGCACCAAACUGAGCAUUUUACCUACGUCCCCGGUCGUGACUCCCUCUCGAAAGCCUUUGGGAAUUAUUUAUCCUAAUACUAUGUGCAAUAUGAGUGGGAAAGCUCCAGCAGAAGGCCCAAGUGUUGAGAAGAAGAAGAAUGCCCCGUCUGCAACAAUCCACCAGGGGGAUGAGGGGGAAGGACCGUUGGAUAUCUGGGCUGUCGUGAAACCUGGGAAUACCAAGGAAAAGAUUGCCUUCUUUGCAGCCCAGCAGUGCAACAACAAUAGGAUGGGCUCAAUGAAACUUAAAAGCACCUGGGAUAUAGAUGGAAGAUCAGCUAAACGAAGGAAGAAAUCCAUGGAUCUUAUAAAAGCAAAGAUUCAAUUAGAAAGGAUGAGAGAGGCAAACAGGAGGUGCGCCCAGCCUGAGCCUUUUGCAUGUGGCAUUGAGCACUGUUCUGUACAUUACGUUAAUGACAAUGGUGAAGGGAUAUUUCCAGGUCGAUCCUUAUCUGUAAUCGAGAUGGUAGCUUUUCUAGAACACAGAGCAAGUGCUUUGCUGGCCGACUGCACCAAAAACUGCAUGAACGCUUCUACUACAAGGCUGAGUGGGCAAUCCAAAGGUGCACUUCCUGCUUCAGACCCUUUCUCUGCCCCGGGGGCCUGCGAGGUACAUUCUGAAAAAGGGACCUGUGGGAGUGGUGAGCAGCAGAAUGAGCCUGUGCGUGUGCUGGACAUGGUGGCAAAGCUUGAAUCGGAGUGCUUGAGACGCCAGAGUGAGCGUGACGCAGGGGGCCUAUCCAGGAACAACAGCUUCCGGAGGAACAUAGGGCGGAUGUUACUGGCGAAUGGCACGCAGUCUGAGUGUGACGCUGGGAAGGUAUCUUCCAAAGUCCUUGGCCAGGAGGUAAGUUUAAAAGAUCCUGUUGCAGUGGAUGAUGUUGGACAGAGAACAAAGCGUGGCCCUUCGGCCGCUGAUGAAUCAUGGGAAGGAGCUGCUUCUGGGCAGCAGUCCUUGGCGGCAGUAGCAGCUGUGGAUAUCCACAUGGUGAACGUCAGUGUCAAGCUUGGUCAAGAAAUCUCGGAGAGACCCAGCACCAGCGGUGAUUCUGAAAUGAUUGUGGAACCUCUGGGGUCCAUCCCUUCUACAUGUCCCGUAGCUGUUGGGCUGUCGUCAGAUGCCAUGCAGAGCGGGAGUACGACUGUUGACUGUUCAGCUAGAGAACCUGUAUCUAUUCCUAAUCUGAAUUCGCAUCCAAUGAGGAGAGAGUCUUUAUGCAUCAGUAUAUCGGUCACCAAGACAGAGAAGGGGUACAGGAAAGAGCAGCCUUCUAAUUUUAGCUUUGGUGAAGAUCCACUUCCAGGGAGGCUGUUCUUUCUGCCUCCUGGUCACCACACCAAGCAAGAACACACAGGGUUAGGGGAAAGUACUAAAGAAAAGCCAGGAGAAGUGGGCCAAACUGAGGAUGCUGCUGACAAUAACAGUGUGUGUGAGAUAAAUAGUGUUUCCAUGGAGCCAUUUGCCCUUUCACUAUCUCCCAUGGAAAGUGCUUCGCAGGUACUUGACACUUCUUGUUUGAAACGGCAGGUGUCUCAUGACUUUUUGGAGACUAGGUUUAAAAUCCAGCAGCUUUUGGAGCCUCAGCAGUAUAUGGCCUUCCUGCCCCACCACAUCAUGGUUAAGAUCUUCAGAUUGCUCCCCACUAAGAGUCUAGUUGCUCUUAAAUGUACUUGUUGUUACUUCAAAUUUAUCAUUGAAUACUACAACAUAAGGCCAGCUGAUUCCCGCUGGGUCCGUGAUCCACGUUACAAAGAAGAUCCUUGCAAGCAGUGCAAGAAGACGUAUGUGAAAGGGGAUGUCUCACUGUGCCGGUGGCAUCCCAAACCCUACUGUCAAGCUUUACCAUAUGGCCCAGGGUAUUGGAUGUGCUGUCACAAGUCUCAGAAAGGCAUCCCUGGGUGUAAAUUAGGUCUUCAUGACAAUCAUUGGGUUCCUGCCUGCCACAGCUUUAACCGCACUCUUCACAAGAAAACCAGAGGAGGAGGAGCAGAUGCGGAAGAGGAAUAUUAGUGCACAUACACGUUCUCUUGGGAGGAGGAAAUUUUCAUGCUCUGUGCUGUUUACAGUGUAUAUAAUUGUGUUUUCACAGGGCUAUGAAACUGCACAUACUUAAACACAAGAGCCUUUACCUUUUAGAUUACAGAUCGCUUUUAGCCCAUCAUUGUAAAUAACACUAUUAAAAACAAAUUGUACAUAUAGAGUCUACAGCUGGCUGAACAACUUAAUCACUACAAUGCAGCUAUGAGAGUGUUGCGGCUAUAGUCGUGUGUGUUUUUAAGUGUCUUGUUUCAAAAUCUGUAUAUCCUGUAUAAUAUAUGAAAGUUUCUGAGAAGAAACUCUAAAUAGGUAAAGGUCAAUUUGUUUAAAGGAUCUUCAAAUGAUUUAACUGGACAACCUUAACAUUAGACUAGAACAGAUAUUUGUUAUAGUAGUGUAGCAGUGAACAAAAGAGAGGAAUAUUAUUGUAUAGGCAGAGUAUAAAAAGGUUCUUGUCUCCCUUGCCCAUGUUGUCUGGUUAUUAUUUUUUUUUUACUUUAAUAAAAUGUGCAUUCUAGAUCUGCC